CGCCGGCCGCGCUCCAUGGUCGCGCUGGGCGGAGACACCGCCCCGCGACGUUGCGCACUUCCGCUUGUGGCGGAAAAGGCGAUGGCGGCCGCGCUGGUGCUGGCGGCCCUGGCCUCGGCGCUGGGUCUCUUCGCCUCGGCGGGGAAGAUGAAGAUCGUGGAGGAGCCGAAUACGUUCGGGUUGAAUAACCCAUUCUUGCCUCAAACAAAUAGGCUGCAGCCAAAGGUGUCCCCGUCUGCAGUAUCAGGCCCUGCACAUCUCUUUGGGCUUGCUGGCAAGUGUUUCAGUUUUGUGGAAUCCACGUACAAGUAUGAGUUCUGUCCUUUCCAUAAUGUUACUCAGCAUGAGCAGACUUUUCGUUGGAAUGCCUAUAGUGGGAUUUUAGGAAUCUGGCAUGAAUGGGAAAUUGAUAACAACACAUUUGUUGGAAUGUGGAUGAGAGAAGGAGACUCCUGUGAAACUAAGAGCAGACAGACAAAGGUUCAUCUUGUUUGUGGAAAGAGCAAUAAAUUGGCUUAUGUGUCUGAGCCAAGUACUUGUGUUUACUCUCUGACAUUUGAGACUCCUCUCGUGUGCCAUCCCCACUCACUUUUAGUUUAUCCAGCUCUGACUGAAGCACUGCAAAGGAAGUGGGAUGAAGCAGAGCAGCUGCUGUAUGAUGAACUAAUAACUGACCAGGGCUACAAAAAAAUUCUGAAAGAGAUUUUUGAGGAAGCAGGACUUCUAAAAGCAACAGAAGAAAAUGAAGUUGAAAAACAGAGUAAGAAAAUAACUCUGGAAUUUGAAACAGUGGAAAAGUGCAGUAAGGAAUACAAGCAACUUUCUGAAGAAAUAAAAAAACUUAGAGUUUUAUUAGGUCAGCAUGGUAUUGCAUACAGAGGAAAUUCUGCUGGAAAUACCAGUGUUGAGUAUGUAAGUCACCAACUGGCAACUGCAGUGGCAUCAGUUCUUAAUGGGUCAAAGGAUGAUGAGCAGCUGCAUGGCGAUACAGGAAUUUGGAAUUACACUGUAUGAAGAAACUUGGGUGGUACAGAAUGUAAAUUAAUCGGGACAUGUAUUAUGCCACAAAGAUGAUUUACCCUCUUGUGAGUAUUCUUGACUUUUUGAAUUUCUGCCCUAAAGCGGAAACCCUUUUCUGCGGGCUUGCUGGUUCCCAAGGAGCACCAAUGGCUGUAGUGUAAUGGAGUGGUCUAGAUGAGAGCGAGGGUGAGUUUGUGUGUGAGCGGAAAGAGUUGAGCAUAGUGGACGAGUCUUCUGUUUUCUGUGUUCUGCUUCUAUUUUGGUUUUCUUGUAUAAAUAAAACAAACCAUAAUCAAUACUUAAGAAAUAGAAAAACAAUUAUAUUGCAUUAAUAUAUAUUUAGCUUGCAUUCCCCUGUAUUUUUCUGUAUUUGCAUUUGCUGCUGCAUUUCCAUGUAUCGCUCUGUACCUAAAUUGGCCUGCAACAGUAUGGUCAUGGAUUGUAUUUGUAACUGAGUUUGUAUCUACUUGCCUUUGUAUACAUUGUUUUGCUGUGUUUCCGUGAAGUGUAAAUUUAAAAAGAUCCUGGCGUUUGUUUGCCCAAAGAUGGACCAUGAAUAUGUCUGCUCUAGCAGUGGGGGUGAGUGCAGAUCCUUUUUGGUUUGUGGGGUGCCUCUGGCCCCUCAGAAGGUAGGAGGGAGGCUGCCACAGCUGCAGGUGAGGGGACUAUUGGCUCUUUUAAAACUGCUUGAUGCAGACCUGGAAGAACAGCUUUCCUCCUUUUUCUCUUCUGCAAAUGGAACUGACCUUGGCACAAUCACAGCUGUGAAGGGGAGCAGCACUGAAAUACAGAUAAGCAGAAAAACCCCGCUUCCCCUGCUCUUACCUUUGGUGUGCCGACGUCCUGCAUCUCCCUGGCUCUGCAGCUGUAGCUCACCCGGUCCUGGCUGUGGCUGAUAAAAUUGGGCCCGGGAUAGUUUAGCAGCAAUCCACUUUUUAGGAGAACACAAAGAGCAUCCAAUGCAGAAGAGUCUUUAGGAAAUACACCCAAAUAAGAGACUCUGCUUUUCCUGUAGUUCUCCCUCCUGUUUUCACCUGGGCUGGAAGGAUGGGCAGGGCCUGUAUUUAUCACAUGACAGUGACGCUCCUAAAUUUCUCCGGAAGUUCUGAUUAUUAUUAUUACUCAUUUUCUGUCAGAAAACAUGCUGAUUUUGCCCUUC